UUUAAACGGUCCAGGCCAUGAGGCCCCCGUUUCUCUCAGACCCCCCGGUUCAGUUUCUAUCUCAGCUACCUAUCCUCCUCUACUCUUUAGCCAUGGAAGCUCUACUUCCAUCACUUUCUUCAUCACUACCACUCACUGUUCCACCUUCAAACAACACCCUCUUUAAACCCAAAUCCAUAGCAUCUACAGCCAAUCUUCUUUCUCAAAAAAGAUGCAUCAUUUUUAAUGGAAACCGAAAAUCAACGGCUACUAUUGCGGCGAUUAAUGAUGUUUCCGCCGCAACAACUCCGGCCGAAGCCGAGGUCACCUGGCAAAUUGUCGUCGGAGUUAUAGCUGGGAUUACACCUUUUGUGGUGGCAGGAAUAGAGUUCAGCAAAAGAAUUAUUGCACAGAAAAGAUGUGAGGUAUGUGGAGGCUCAGGGCUUGUUCUUAGAGACAAGAAGUACUAUUUUCGAUGCCCCGGAUGUGGUGGGUUUCUGCCAUGGCAGUCGUGGAAACGAUUCUUUUCCGGCUAAUUUUUUUUUUUUUUUUUUUUUUCUCCGCCGGCUUAAGCUUAUGAAUUUGAGUCUAUUUAUGUCAUAUCAACCACUUAAGCUUGUUGUUUCUAUUCGACAUGAAUUUUCCAUCACAUGUGAAACUCCAAUGUUGUUGCAUGUAGUGUGAAUGUAUUAUUUAUAUAUUUGCUUCUUUUGUA